AUGGUACCUAAACAAUCUUACUACAGUAAAGGCUUCUCAAAGGAAAUCUCCGAUACUCAUGCAUGGAGAACCGUUGCCAAUGCUGUACCAUAUGUGAUUCCAUACUUAAAGAAAUCAGAUAAGUUGCUUGACGUUGGUCUGGGACCAGGCUCGAUUCUGAAGGACUUCGCAAAUUACGUUGGCGAGGUGGUAGGUGUUGAAACCAUUCCGGACUUGAUUGAAAUUUCCUCCAACCAGCCAGACCUUCCGUCUCUGGUUCUGUUUCAAUUGGGCCUGGCUUAUAACUUACCCUUUGAGGAUGCAUCCUUUGACGUUGUCCAUGCGCUGCAAGUGGUGAUUCACCUCAGUGAACCCGAAAAAGCUUUGAAGGAGAUGCUUCGAGUAUGCAAGCCUGGAGGCUACGUUCUUGUCAAAGAUGCUGACUUGCAAAUGACUGUGGUGUAUCCGCAGAAGUACCACGAAGGCAUUGCUGACUACUUCCACCAUAAAUCGAAAGAUCUGACGACACUGUCGAUUGCGGGCCGCCUGUUAAAGUCUCGAGCAUUGGCUGCUGGCUACAAUGCUGCCAAUAUCCACCUCUCGGCUCUGGUGUGGACUAUCAGCACCGAUAAAGAGAGAGAGGACUGGGCAAACAUGUAUUGCAAGCGUAUCACCAAGGCAAAACAGUAUGAUUACACGUCCAACCCCGAGCAACUAGAUCGAGUCAUCAGGACGUUUAAGGAAUGGAAGGAAGAUUCCGAGGGUUUAAUGAUGAUGACUCACGGCGAGUUGGUAUAUCGGAAAUAG